AUGGCGCCUCCCGACGGCUGGACACCAGAGACCCCGGUGAUCAUCGCCGCCAACCGCCUACCUGUCCGCCUCUUCAGGACGUCGGACGGCCAAUGGCACGUCGAAUGGGCCGGAGACCGCAUGAUCGAGUCGCAGAACACGCUGUCCCACUACGAGAUCUCGGAGCGCGCCACCAUCAAGUUCGUCGGCCGUGUAGUCGACGCGGACGUGCCAUUCGAAGAGCGACAGCAAGUCGAGCUUUUACUACGCGAAUUCAACUGCUUUCCAGUGUUUCUCGAGCCCCAAGAAGCCAAAUUGUACUACGAAGAUUACUGCAAACAAACACUCUGGCCAACAUUCCACAACGUCGUGGACGUUUACAGUCCCGUGGACGUAGUCCUCGAUGUCCAAGCGCAGCAACAUUUAACACCCAGCGCUCAGUUCUGGAAUCCUAAUUGGCAGAAAGUGGCGUGGCAAGCUUAUGCCAAUGUGAACCAGUUGUUCGCACACAAAAUAUGUGAAUUGUACGAACAGGGAGACGUCGUGUGGGUGCAGGAUUAUCACUUGCUAUUAACACCGAGUUAUAUCGUACGGAAACUCAGAGCUGCCAACGUAGGACUGUUCCUACACGUCCCGUUUCCGUCUUCCGAGGUGUUUAGAACCGUUUCUAUGAGGAAGGAACUGCUACGAGGCAUGCUCAAUGCCGACCAUAUCGGCUUCCACCUGUUCGAGUAUGCUCGACACUUCAUGUCGGCCUGUCGACGUAUCUUGGGACUGAGUUACGAGCCGAUAUUGAGGGGACAGCUGGGGAUUGACUAUGGCGGACGACGCGUUGCUGUCACCUGUAGCCACAUGGCUAUCGACGUUCAGAGGAUCGAGGAGACUUUAGUCAGUAAAGAUGUGCGUGAUAUGGUGGUGGCUUUACGUCAGAAAUACCGGGACAAGAAGAUCUUUGCUGGCUGUGAUAGCAUCGAGCGACUGAAAGGCAUUCCGUCCAAGAUGUUGGCAUUUGACGGCUUCCUCUCGAGAUGUCCGGACUUUAUCGGGAAGGCUGUGCUGGUGCAGAAAGGAAUCCACAGACGUGGUCGCGUGACGGAUUAUUUGCAGAGCAAGAAGGAGAUUGAGCUGGCGGUCAAAGCGAUUAACAGCAAGUAUCGCGAUGUGGCUAAGGGGAAUGUAGUCGACUAUGAAGAAUGCGUAUUGACGGACAUUGUGAACGCACGGAAGAAAGAAGAGUCGUUCGUGUACAUGGGCACAGGAUUUGGUCUCGAUUUCCGCUUGAUGGAAGUCAGCGCGCAGUUCCGAAAAUUAACGGGACAGGAGCUUACUCCAGCGUAUCGCACGAGUACGAACCGUGCGAUCUUCCUGGACUACUAUCGAACUCUAGCUCCAGACGUAUCGACGCUGAUGGGCGUGCGAUGGCCUGACGUGCCUCUGAGCGCGCUGUCCACACUUGAACAUUUGUGUAAAGACCCUCGUAACACCGUGUUCAUCGUCAGUGGCUGUAACUGCGACCUCCUUACGCAGAAGUUCGGUGGAGUUCCAGGUUUGGGUCUCGUGGCUGAGCACGGAUACUUCAUCCGACGUGCGGUACUUGGCAAUAAUGCUCGUAUCGGACGGCCCUGGGAAAGACACGGGGACAUUCUGCAGUCAGACGGUGGACACCAGCAAUGGCGCGUCAAGGCCGAGAAGAUCGUCCAGCUAUAUGUUGAUCGCACGAACGGCUCAACGCUGGAGCUUCGGAGAAGUGCCGUGCUGUUCCGAUACGGCAAGUCCGACUUUGAUUUCGGUGCAUUGCAGGCAGCAGAGCUGAAGGAACACCUUGAGGGCGUCUUUGAGGGCUGGCCGCUGAAUAUUAUCCAAGGCAAAGACUACAUCGAGGUGCGACCGGAAGGAGUUGGCAAGGGCAAACUGAUCGGCCACUUGCUGAACAAGAUGCGCGUCGAUGGGAACCCGACAGAUUUCGUGCUGUGUAUCGGAGAUGAUGUGGCCGACGAGCUCAUGUUCGAGCAGCUCAAGACGAUGACAGCACACGAAGAACUGCCACAAGACAAAGUGUUUACAUGUACGGUGGGUCAGAAACCCUCCAAGGCUGAGUUCUUUGUCGACGACUACACCGACGUAAUCGCCCUGUUGAAGUCGCUUAAAGUGGUCGCAACUAAGUCCAACCGAAACUAUUCGCUGUCGGAUAUGCAGUCGUUUGUGCGAGACACGAGGCCGUUCCUGUCGUCGUCGUCUCACGGCACUAGUGGAGUUUCAAGAAGUGCAACAUCAGAUGCGGUGAUACGAAAGUCAUCCAGCCGCCACGCACUCUACAAUCACCUGACGCCUGUGAUCGAGGAUCAAAUCAACACGUGGCUGAAUCGCCUGCAACAGCUUGGUGUCGUGGCUGUAUUGGUUGGCAUUCUUCGCUGGCGUAGCGGGGUAAAGAACCCUCGCGAAAAGAAGCUGCUGAUGUAUCUCGUAGCGUCACUGGGGAUCGCCUGGUCCAUCCAGCGCCUGCGAUCAAGGCCACACAAGUAA